AUGGCUAGUCCUCCCGUUCUAGCUUUCGAUGCCGAGGGCCGUCCGGUGAAGUUCGAAACCUGGCUAGAUGACCUGCACCUGUUCCUACAGCUCACUGCCAAAGAAGACAUCUCGCUGUACGACCACGCCCUAGGCCAUGCUACUGCCCCUGACACGUCUGCUGACAGCACUCUACGCUCUCAGUGGCAGACUCGUGAUGCGCACGCUCGCUUUGCUAUUCGCAACUCCCUGCCGCUAGACGAGCGCGAGCACUUCGGCCAGUGCAAGACUGCUAAGGACCUCUACACCGCUGUAGUUGCCCGUUACUCCUCACCCGCUUCUGCUACGCUAGGCCGCCUCACUCUCCCCUACCUGUUCCCCGACCUAGCCUCCUUUCACACUGUCGCAGACCUCAUCACCCACCUUAAGACUAGUGAGGCCCGCUUUCGCGCUGCUAUGCCUGCCGAGUUUCUCACUAGCAACCCCCCCCCGCUCUGGAUCACUCUCUACCACAUCGUCACCCGCCUCCCUGACUCUCUGCGCGCAGUCAGGGACCACUUCCUCUCUCGCUCCCCCACUGAGCUCACUGUUGCCCUCCUCGAGAAGGAACUGCUUGCAGCUGAGGCGAGCAUCGUCGCUGUAGGCACCUCUCGUGGCGACCCCCGCACCCCGUUCUUCGAGGGGUCGGGACCGCGUCUGCUUCGAGUGGGCGCCGCAGGAACAAGGGGGGCAGGGGUGGGGGUGGCGGCGGAGGAGGUGGGGGUGGAGGCGGUGGGAGUGGAGGCGCGACUGGGGAGGCUAGUGGCGGCAGUGGGGGAGGAGACAGCAGCGGCGGGAGCGGUGGCAGGGGUGGAGGCGGCAGCGGAGGUGGAGGUGGUCGUGGCGGCGGCAGGGGUGGAGGUGGCCGAGGCGGUGGUGGUGGCGGUGGUGGUCGUGGAGGCACUGGCGGAGGCCCGAUUUCCUGAUGCCGCUGAGCUGCCGCGCUGGGCUGAUCUGGAAAAGAGGGGUGUUGAUAUUUGGGCUCUCACUGCCAUGUAUGCCAUGUCUAUUAGUGGAGAGGGUGCUCAGUACUUGCGUGUUCCGCCCGACCCGGGCAUUCAGGCCAGUCCGGCUGCCGCUCUAGGUGCUAGUGCGUCUGCUCCCACAGGUCCUGGUGAGGCUGCUGCCCUAGGUGCUAGUGCGUCCGUGCCCCCUGGUACUGAGUUGACUGCAGCACUGCACACCUUCACACUGGACUCAGGUGCCUCUCGCUCUUUCUUUCGUGACCGCACUGUCCUUGAGCCACUCGCUCGGCCAGUUGCUGUCUCCCUUGCUGACCCCUCUGGGGGUCCGGUCAUUGCCACCUCCUCCACUGUUCUUCCUUGUCCUGCGGUCCCGUCCGGCACGCUUUCAGGUCUCUACCUCCCCUCGUUCUCUACGAACUUGGUGGCGGGUUGUGCGCUCCAGGACUCGGGUGUUCACCAGUUCACCCCUGCCUACGAGCGCGUGACACACUGCACAUGUGCUCGGACGGGUCGCCACCUGGCUACUUUCACUCGAGAGCCGGGGUCGGACCUGUACACACUGACCACUGAGUCCCCUCAGGUAGCUGCGUCUGCGUCUACGUCUGCGUCUGCGUCAGGUCAGCUGUCCGCCCCUUGCUCGUGUCGCUCUCUGGCGCAUGAGACUGUCCUUUGGCACCACCGCCUUGGUCACCCGUCUGUGCAGCGCCUUCGGACCAUGCACAAACGGGACCUUGUUGCUGGUCUUCCCAGGGUGCUCCCUCCCCUUCCCGACUCGCCUGCUCCUCCCUGUAUUCCCUGUGUCGAGGGGCGGCAGCGCGCCGCUCCUCACUCCUCCUCCUUUCCCCCGACGACUGCUCCCUUGCAGACGCUCCACUUGGACGUGUGGGGCCCAGCCCGCGUCCGUGGACAGGGUCAGGAGCGGUACUUCCUGCUCGUUGUUGACGACUUCUCGCGCUACACCACGGUCUUCCCCUUGCGAGCCAAGGGUGACGUACCUGAUGUCUUGAUCCCUUGGAUCCGCAGAUCUCGUCUCCAGCUCACCAGGCGUUUCCGCUCCGACUUUCCUGUCCUGCGUCUGCACUCUGACAGAGGUGGGGAGUUUUCCUCUGGCCUCCUGGAGGCCUUCUGUCAGCAGGAGGGCAUUGAGCAGUCGUUCACGCUUCCGGCCUCUCCACAGCAGAAUGGGGUUGCUGAGCGCCGCAUUGGUCUAGUCAUGGAGGUCGCUCGUACCUCCUUGAGUCAUGCGGCUGCCCCCCAUUUUCUGUGGCCGUUUGCGGUCCGAUACGCUGCGCAUCAGCUCAACCUCUGGCCCCGUGUCUCCUUGCCCGAGACUUCUCCGACACUGCGUUGGACGGGAGAGGCUGGCGAUGCGUCGCGUUUUCGGGUCUGGGGAUCCCGAGCUUUUGUCCGCGACACGUCCGCGGACAAGCUCUCCCGUCGCGCUGUCCCCUGCGUCUUCCUUGGCUUUGUCCCGGACGCCCCUGGUUGGCAGUUCUACCACCCCACCUCGCGUCGUGUCCUGGCCUCUCAGGACGUCACUUUUGACGAGUCCGUCCCCUACUACCGCCUCUUCCCCUACCGCACUGCCCCGCACUGCCUCUCUUCCUCGCUCCAGGUAGACCCGGGUGAGCCGGUCGAGGUAGCUGUUGACUCUCGUCCUGCGUCUGGGGGUGCUGAGCCUGGGGGUGCUGAGUCUGGGGGUGCGGAGCCUGGGGGUGUUGAGCCUGGAGGUGCGGAGCCUGGCGGUGCGGAGCCUGGAGGUGCUGAGCCUGGGGGUGCGGAGUCUGGGGGUGCUGAGUCUGGGGGUGCUGAGACUGAGCGUGCUACACCUGGAGGAGCCCUCUCCUCCCAGCAGCUGCAGGAGAGGUACCUCGAGUACUGCCGCCUCCGGAGAGGUGCUGCUGGAGCUCGUCCCGGUACUUCCCCUCCUACCCAGGAGCUCCCCCCCAUUCAGCAGAUCCGAGAGUGGUACACACGCCGCUGCAGUCUUCGGAGUGGUCCUCCGGGUGCUGCGGACCUUGGGGGUGGCGCUGCUACUGGUGCUGAGGACCCGGGCGUUGGGGCUGCUGCUGGUGCUGAGGACCCGGGCGUUGGAGCUGCUGCUGGUACUGCGGACCCGAGCGGUGGCGCUGCUGCUGGUGCUGAGGACCCGGGCGUUGGAGCUACUGCUGGAGCUGAGGACCCGGACGGUGGAGCUGCUGCUGGUGCUGAGGACCCGGGCGCUGGAGCUGCUGCUGGUGCUGAGGACCCGGGCGGUGGAGCUGCUGCUGGUGCUGAGGACUCGGACGUUGGAGCUACUGCUGGAGCUGAGGACCCGAGCGGUGGUGCUGCUGCUGGUGCUGAGGACCCGGCCGGUGGAGCUGCUGCUGGUGUUGAGGACCCGGACGUUGGGGCUGCUGCUGGUGCUGAGGACCCUGCCGCUGGUGUCUCUGCUGGUUCUGGAGACGCUACGCGGCCGCGACCCGCUGCGGCAGCUUCCCUGCUCCAUCGCACUGUCCCUAUGGCUUCCAUCCGCGUACUGUCGUUCGAUGCUGAGGGCCGCCCUGUGAAGUUCGCCACUUGGCUGGAUGACCUGCAGCUGUUCCUUCUGAGCGAUAGCAAGGAGCAUGUGUCGCUCUAUGAUUACGCGUCUGGUGCUGCACCUGCCCCUCCUGCCACAGCUGAGCUUAGUGUUCGUUCCCACUGGCAGACUCGUGACGCAGCUGCUCGCCUAGCCAUUCGCAGUCACCUCCCGCUAGCUGAGCUAGAGCAUUUUGGCGACUGCAAAUCCGCUAAGGCCCUGUACGAUGCUGUCGUUGCUCGCUACUCCUCGCCUGCCACAGCCGAGCUUAGCCGCCUCAUGCUGCCGUACCUGUUCCCUGAUCUGUCCGCCUUUGCUACAGUCGCCGAUCUUAUCACCCACCUUCGCACUAGUGAUGCUCGCCUGCGUGCUGCCCUUCCCACCGAGUUCUGCGCUAAGAACCCCCCUCCACUGUACUGGACACUCCACUUCAUAGUCACCCGACUCCCUGACACCCUCAGCUCAGUUCGAGACCACUUCCUUGCUCGCUGUCCCACUGAGCUCACAGGGUGUUCUCCCUCUCCCCUCGCUCCCUCCUACGCUACUGCUGCUGCUGUUGACUUCCUUGGUGCUGAGUCUGCUGGCGCUGCUUCUGCUCCUGGUGGGAGGCGCCGCACCGGCAAGGGCAAGGGGGGCAAGGGUGGCGGGGGUGGCGCUGGGGGGGGAGGAGGUGGGGGAGGUGGGGGGGGAGGCGGUGCUGGAGGGAGCGGUGGCGGGAGUGCUGGUGGGAGUGGGGUCGGCAGCGGAGGCGGGGGCGGCGGAGGGAGCGGUGGCGGUGGUGGCGGCGGCGGCGGUGGCGGCGGCGGCGGCGGUGGCGGCGGCGGCGGUGGCGGUCGGAGCGGAGGUAGUGGUGGUGGCGGAGGUCGGAGUGGAGGCACUGGCUCGGGCCAGAGCUCCCAGCAGCAGCAGCGUCCCCAGACGACCCAGCAGCUUCGUGACCGCAAGGGACAGACGUGUGGGAGGUUCCACACCCCGUACCGCUGCUUCUCCCGCCUUGACGACGCUUGGCGUGAGGAGAUGGGCGAGGAUGUUGAGCGCCCCCGCUGGGCUGAGCUCAUGAGGGCUGGUGUUGAUAUCUUUGCUCUUGACUAUGAUGCUAUUAUUGCUGCCAUGUAUGCAUUGACUGUUAGUGCCGAGGGAGACUGUUACUUGUGUGUGCCGCCUGACCCAGGUAUAGAGCCCGCUGCCCUGGGUACUAGUGAGUCUGCUCUCUCUGGUAUGGUGCCCCCUGUACUUGCCCCCUCCAGUGCUGUCCCGGCUGUUUGCGAGUCUGCUCUCUCAGGUACAGCACCCACAGAGACUGCUCUCUCAGGUACCGCACCGGCUGAGGCCUGUCACACCUUCACCCUUGACUCAGUCCUUGCCCAGUCCACCACUGUGCUCCCUUGUCCGGCGGUUCCGUCUGGCUCGUUGUCGGGUUUCCACCUCCCCUCGUUCUCGACGAACCUGGUGAGCAACGCUGUCAUCCAGGAUCAGUGGGUUGACACCUUUACCCCUGGAGGACAGCGUGUGGCGAUCUGCACGUGCUCCAGGACCGGCCGUCACCUGGCUACGUUUACCCGUCGGCCGGGGUCGAGUCUCUACACACUGACCACUGCGUCUCCUCAGGUUGCUGCUGUCGGUCAGGUGUCCGCGUCAGGUCUGGUGGCCCACGCCUGUGAGUGUCGUUCCCUGUCGCACCAGACUCUUCUCUGGCACCACCGCCUGGGUCACCCCUCCUUGCCACGCCUCCGUGGCAUGCACCGUCGCUGCCUUGUGUCUGGUCUUCCCAGGUCCCUCCCUCCCCUCCCUGCCUCGCCUGCGCCGCCUUGCCUUCCUUGCGUCGAGGGACGGCAGCGCGCCGCUCCUCACUCCUCCUCGUUCCCCCCGACAGAGGCUCCUCUGCAGACCCUCCACCUGGACGUGUGGGGCCCAGCCCGCGUUCGUGGCCAGGGCGGUGAGCGGUACUUUUUGCUGGUUGUCGACGACUACUCGCGUUACACCACGGUCUUCCCCUUGCGCACCAAGGGUGAGGUCCCUGCUGUUCUGAUCCCUUGGAUCCGCACAGUUCGUCUCCAGCUCCGCCGCCGUUUCCGGACGGAUCUUCCUGUCCUGCGUCUGCAUUCUGACAGAGGUGGUGAGUUUUCCUCCGAUCUCUUGAGGACCUUCUGUCAGGCGGAGGGCAUCGAGCAGACCUUCACGCUUCCGGACUCCCCACAGCAGAAUGGGGUUGCUGAGCGCCGCAUUGGCCUGGUCAUGGAGGUCGCUCGUACCUCCUUGGUCCACGCGGCGGCUCCCCAUUUUCUGUGGCCGUUUGCUGUCCGGUACGCUGCGCAUCAGCUCAACCUCUGGCCCCGUGUCUCCUUGCCGGAGACCUCGCCCACACUGCGUUGGACGGGGGAGGUUGGUGAUGCGUCGCGCUUCCGGGUGUGGGGUGCUCGUGCCCUUGUCCGCGAUACGUCCGCGGACAAGCUCUCCUCCCGCACGCUUCCCUGUGUCUUUCUUGGCUUUGUCCCUGACGCGCCGGGCUGGCAGUUUUACCACCCCACCUCUCGCCGGGUCUUCGCCUCUCAGGACGUCACCUUUGACGAGUCGGUCCCUUUUUACCGUCUCUUCCCCUACCGCACUGCCCCCCUCCCUCCCCCGCCGCUUUUCCUUGCUCCUGGUCCCCCUCCGGUAGACCCCCUUCCCCCUCAGGGUCCUGCCCCUUCAGGUGUCUCUCAGGUAGACCCUCCUCCCGUCGCUGAGCCUGUCGAGGUCACAGGUGACUCAGGUGCUGCUGCAGGUGGUGCUGCUGGGAGUGCUGAGCCUGGGGGUGCUGAGCCUGCGGGUGCUGGGCCUAGGAGUACUGGGACUGCGGGUGCUGGAGCUGAGGGUACUGUGCCUGGGAGUUCGGCGCCUGGGGGUGCUGAGCCUGGGGGUGCUACGACUGGGGGUGCUGAGCCUGCGUGUACGGAGCCUGGGGUUGCUGCGUCUGGGAGUUCGGCGCCUGGGGGUGCUGAGCCUGGGGGUACUGUGACUGGGAGUGCUGUGCCUGCGGGUACUGAGCCUGGGGGUGCUGCUACUGAGCCUACGGAGCCUCGGGUUGCUGCGUCUGGGGGUGCUCCGGUUCGGGGUGCUGAGCAGUCUCUCACACCGCAGCAGCUUCGUGACUGGUACGUCCGGCGCUUUCGCCGUCCUUGUGGCUCGGCUGGAGCUGGGGGUGCUGGAGCUGCUCGUCCUGGGGGUGCUCGUACUGGGGGUACUGGAGCUGCUGGGACUGGUUGUUCCGGGAGCGCUGCGACUGGAGCUACUGGAGCUGGGGACUCUGGAGCUGGCGGUGCUAGCGGAGUUGGAGCUGCCGACUCUGGGGGUGCUUUUCCUAGCGGUGCUGCGGACCCUCGGGGUGGCGCUGCUGCUGGUGCUGCGGACCCACCUGGUGGAGCUGCUGCUGGUGCUGAGGACUCGGUCGUUGGAGCUCCUGCUGGUACUGAGGACCCGGCCGCUGGAGUCUCUUCUGCUUCUGGAGACGCUGCGCGGCCGCGACCGUACUUCGUACCGCUCCUUCAGCAGGUUCUUGGGCAGGCUCCUCCUCCUUGUCCUCCUCCCUCCGUAGAGUGUCCUCCGCCUGUCCAGCCGCAGUCACAGUUACCGCCUACCUCGCCUCUCCCUGCUCCCUCUCCUUACACUGGUCCCACAGGAGGUCUUACAGAGCGUCGUGAGCCUGAGUCUCGUCCUGCGUCGCCUGUUCGUACUGCUCGCACUGGUCGUCGUGUCCGUCGUGAGCGUCCUCCUCCUGUCCCCGGCACUCACUACAUGACUCUGCGUCCAUCUACUGCUCCUCAGCGUGUCCCUCUACCGUCUCCUCCUGCGUCCUCUUUGCCUGCCGUUCCGGACCCUGAGUCUGACCGGUAUCGUGCUGAGCACCCUACUGUCACGCGUCUCCUAGCUACUGUUGUCACUGACCCUACAUUUGAGUCCUCGGCUGCGUCUGCUCUGGUCGCUGAGUUGGUUGACUUUGCUGCUGCCUGUCGUCUAGACUACGCUGCUAGCCUGGUUGCUGCGUCUGAGUCUGCGUCUGUCUGUCCUCCGUCCGUCGGGGGUGAGUGUGCUCUUGGCACGGACGUCCUUGAGGACAGGCAGGAGGACUUUGACUCUCUCGCGGCUGCUGUACCUCAUCUCGUGGCCUGGUUGCUUGCCCCUGAGGGAGACCCGGAUGCACUAGACAUCCCCACUCCGCGCACUUACGCAGAGGCGAUCUCGGGUCCCUACUCCUCUCAGUGGCAGACAGCCAUGGACGCAGAGAUGGCAUCCUGGAAGUCCACAGGCACCUACGUCGACGACGUUCCCCCUCCUGGGGCGAACAUCGUCGAUGGCAUGUGGAUUUUCAGGGUGAAGCGGCCGCCAGGUUCUCCGCCUGUCUUCAAGGCUCGUUACGUUGCUAGAGGCUUCAGUCAGCGUCAGGGGGUUGACUUCUUCCAGACCUUCUCCCCCACCCCGAAGAUGACCACUCUUCGGGUUCUGCUGCACGUUGCUGCUCAGCGUGACUACGAGCUUCACUCUCUUGACUUCAGCACAGCGUUCCUGCAGGGCAGCCUGCACGAGGAGAUCUGGCUGCGCCGCCCACCUGGCUUUACUGGGUCGUUUCCUCCUGGUACCCAGUGGAGCCUCCGCCGGCCAGUCUACGGUCUCCGCCAGGCGCCACGUGAGUGGCACGACACACUGAGGACUACACUUGCGGCUCUUGGGUUCGCGCCGUCUACUGCUGACCCGUCGCUGUUUCUGCGCACAGACACGUCGCUGCCGCCGUUCUACAUUCUCGUGUACGUCGACGACUUGGUCUUUGCUACUGCUGACACUGAGGCACUCGCUCGUGUGAAGUCGGAGCUGCAGAAGAGACACACCUGCACUGACCUGGGUGAACUGCGUAGCUACCUUGGCUUGCAGAUCACCCGGGACAGAGCUCGCCGCACCAUCACCCUGACUCAGUCACACAUGGUGCAGCAGGUCCUUCAGCGCUUCGGCUUCCAGUUCUCCUCACCACAGGCCACACCUCUGGCUACCAGCCACUCGCUCUCAGCUCCACCUUCGGACGAGUCCGUAGAGCCGAGUGGCCCGUAUCCAGAGCUUGUAGGCUGCCUCAUGUACCUGAUGACUUGCACACGACCUGACCUCGCGUACCCUCUUAGCAUCCUUGCUCGUUACGUUGCGCCUGGGAGACACAGGAGAGAGCACUGGGAGGCUGCUAAGAGGGUGCUGCGUUACUUGUGCAGUACAUCAGGCAUGGGGCUGGUGCUUGGAGGACACGACAGAGUUGUUCUCACUGGUCACUCGGACGCUUCUUGGGUGGACGACUUGGCUACGCAGCGGUCGUCGCAGGGUUACACCUUCAGCCUUGGCUCUGGUUCUGUCUCGUGGCGGUCCACCCGUUCUUCUUCUGUUCUCAGCUCUAGUUGUGAGGCUGAGAUCUACGCCACGGCCAUGGCUGCACAGGAGUUACGCUGGCUCACCUACCUGCUGACUGACUUGGGAGAGCGGCCUAGUUCUCCUCCAGUUCUGUACGGCGACAACAAGGCGGCCCUUGCCUUGUGUCAGGAGCACAGACUGGAGCACAGGACGAAGCACAUUGCUCUUCGCUACUUUCUUGCUCGAGAGCUGCAGCAGCGAGGUCAGCUUCGGCUUGUGUACGUGGACUCGAAGGCCAACACUGCUGAUAUCUUCACCAAGGCGCUCCCGCCUAGUGAUCAUCAGCGGCACUGUACUUCUUUAGGCCUUGUGUCCACGUUUCCUCACUUGCUCACUGCUUGA